GUAACAGAAAUUAGAACUACACGUGUAUACAGCCAUAUCGCACACCUGCAAUUGUCAAUAUCCUGCCCUCAAGUAUCUCCGUGGUACCAAUACUACGAAACUGGGAUCCGCCUUACUUGCCUUAUCUUAUCUUAUCCAGUUGCGGAUGACGGUCGGCAAGGAGGGGCCCAAAGCAGCAUGAGGGAAGCAAGCGUAGGGGGAAGGGAUGAACAACGACGGUCGAUUACUUGACAAUCAGAUCAACUCCAAGCGCAAAGUACCGAUUCUGUUCUCUGCACCCAUAAAACAUCAAGACUCUAAUCAUCCGCUGCCAACAUGUCUGUCGAAGUGAUCACGACUAUCUCGCCAACCACGAACGAGCCGAUCCUCAGUCGCAACGGCAUCUCUUCCCAAGAACUCGAGCAGUUUCCCGACGUUGCCGUGCAGGCCUUCGAGUCAUGGCGCAAGACGACGCUGCAAGAACGCAAAGACAUUAUCAAAAAAGCGCUCAAGGUUCUUGACGAGAGGAAAGAUGACCUCGCCUUCGAGCUCACCGUCCAGAUGGGCCGACCUAUCGCUUACACGCCCAAGGAAGUUACUACGGCCAUAAAGAGGGCCGAGCACCUCCUCAAGAUCAGCGAUGAUGUGCUCCAGGACACCCCUGGAGAGCCGGAGAAGGGUUUUAAGAGAUUCAUCCGCAAAGUGCCUGUGGGGCCGGUCCUGAUCAUCUUUGCGUGGAAUUACCCGUACCUCAUCCUCGUUAACGCCUUGAUACCCGCACUGCUCGCCGGCAAUCCGGUCAUUCUCAAGCCCUCUCCGCAAACGCCUACCGUCGUCGAGCAAGUCGCCAAGGCAUUCACCGAGGCCGGCCUGCCCAACGGUGUGAUCCAAUACUUCCACUCUGGCUCGCCCACAGUCAUCGAGACGAUCGUGCGCAACCCCAAGAUCUCGCUCGUCUGCUUCACCGGCUCGGUAGCUGGCGGCCUUGCCAUCCAGGGAGCGGCGUCGGACCGCAUUGUCAACGUCGGCCUGGAGCUGGGAGGGAAGGACCCGGCAUACGUUCGCGGGGAUGUCGACAUUCCGUGGGCGGCUGAGGAGAUUGUCGACGGUGCAGUUUUUAACUCGGGCCAGAGCUGCUGCUCAAUAGAGCGUGUCUAUGUCGACGAGAAGAUCCACGACGACUUUGUCUCGGCAGUCCAGAGCGUUCUGAAGGGGUACAGGCUUGGGGAUCCUCUGGACAAAGAGACGCACCUUGGCCCGGUCAUCUCGAAAAAAUCCAAGGAGACCAUCGAGGCGCACAUCAAGGACGCGCUCGACAAGGGCGCUGUCAACGCCACCCCCGAAAACGAGACGUUCAGCAACCUUCCAUCCAAAGGCAACUUUGUCGUCCCGACGCUGCUCACUAAUGUGGAUCAUAGCAUGACAAUCAUGAAGAAUGAGACUUUUGGACCUGUCAUUCCCGUCAUGAAGGUGAAGAGCGAUGAGGAGGCUGUGAAGCUGAUGAACGACAGCGAGUUUGGCUUGACAGCGAGCAUAUGGACGAAAGAUACGGAAAAGGGAUACGAGUUGUGCGAAGCCGUCGAGGCUGGCACUGUUUUCAUCAACCGCUGCGAUUUUCCGAGUCCUGACCUGGCCUGGACCGGAUGGAAGAAUUCUGGAAAAGGUGUCACGUUGAGCAGAUACGGGUUCGACCAAUUUGUCAAGCUGAAGAGCUAUCAUCUGAAGGACUACCCUAAAUAGUCAAUCCGGGCUCGUGGCAGCCUGUCCAUUGACGCAGGAGGAAUCUCGGCAAAGGAUACCGCCAAUAACGCACGACAGGUUUUAGACUAAUCCGCACGACCAGAUACUGUUAAUCACUCGGGGCGCGUGGGGUGCUGAACUUGUCUCAAAAGGAACACUCGAUGGUCGAGACACAUUCCACCGUUCUGGUCAAGGAGGCGCGGAAACGGCGCUUCCGCCAUCCACUCAUAUUGCCAUUUUCUCACCCUGCAUCGUCUCUCAGUCAAGGGGUAAGUCCCAGAGGUAUAGAACCGGCGAUCCAAUGCGGUAAUCAUGGUCUUUGACAUUUCCCACCAUCCCUCAGGUUCGCG